AAUGAGCCAUACAUCGAUUCGCUAAAUCAUCGAGGUGUUCAGCGAUUUACAAAUCGGAAGAAAGGCUAUAAUACCGUGAUCUGUGGCUUUCAAAUUGAGUGUUAAUCCGCAGCUUAAUCAUGUUUAAAAACAGUGAGAAUGAGGUGCGGUCGGAAAACGUGACGUCAUCGCUAGAGACAGGUAACAUAUAUACUACACCCAUUGGAUAUAUUGAAUCCUGCUUCAAAGCAAAAAAUGGCACUCCUAGGCAGCCCACUAUCUGUAGCUUGUCACGUGGCUGCUUAAAGAUAAGCAAAAGUGUCUUCAACAACCCUGAACAUUCUCUAAUAGGAUUAGAACAAUUCUCACAUGUGUGGAUUUUAUUUGUUUUUCAUAAAAAUGGUCGUUUGAGCUGUAAAGCAAAAGUCCAACCACCAAGGCUGAAUGGAGCAAAAACAGGGGUAUUUUCCACAAGAAGUCCUCAUCGCCCCAAUGCAAUAGGAUUGACUUUAGCAAGACUGGAAAAAGUUGAAGGUGGAACAAUUUAUUUAUCUGGAAUUGAUAUCAUACAUGGUACUCCAGUUCUUGACAUAAAGCCUUAUAUUGCUGAGUACGACUCACCACAACCUUCACCUUUCUGUGUAGAAGAGCACCAGGAAAAAGAGAGACAACACAUGAGGUACAAUGACCCUGAUCUUGUAAAGGCUGAGAAAGAUGAGAAGUCAGAACAGGUGCAAACAAUAGCAUACCAGCCAUCCAAUGAAAACAUGUUUAACAUAGAUGAAGCAUCAUCUGCAGUUGUAAGUACAUCAGGCAUUCGUGGAGAAACACAGGACGACAAAGAGAAAAGAAUGGGUUUGAUUGAUGAUCCAACUGCCAGCAUUUCAGAAAACCAGUAUUCCUUGCUAAAUGAUUCUUCAAGUGACUUUGCAAGCUUCAAGUCUGCCAUUCAAGAGGCCACAAGUGUAAAAGGUGAUGACUUAAGAAUUGAUUACACCGGUGGAAGUUUUGUUCCAUCGUGGGUGAGAGAUGCCCCCGUGUCCUCGUUAAAAGUGAGGUUCACUCCCCACUCAGAAAUGGAACUAAAACAAUUUAAAGCACAGUGUGAUUCAGGUGGACCGUCUUUUAGCUACUUCCAGUCUACAGAAGAAGCAAAAUGUGCUAUAACCACUGUGCUGUCUGCGGACCCUCGUUCAGUUUACAGAAGGAAACAGUGCCAGGAUCGUCUUUUCUAUUUUAGCCUAGACACCAUUCAUAUUACUUGCUGGUUUGGUGAUGGGUUUGUUGAAGUAGUUAGAAUAAAGCCUCUGGAUAGUAAUGCUGAACAUCAGAGCCGAUAAGAAAAUAUUAUCUUGGAGUUUAUUUGUUUUAAUAUUCACUUUUAUGCCAAGUCACAAGUUGUGUAAUUCUAAGGAAUGUAUUAAUCUGUAAGAGAAAUAUUUCAAACACUGAGUAACUUCUCAUAACAUUGAAAGUUUAUCUCAUCAAAUUAGAAAACAUAGAAUUUUAUACUUGCUGUCUACUUCCCUACUUGAACUGUGGCAUUUUUAAAGCAAAGGGUUUUGGGGAUUAUUUAAAAAAAAUAAUAAUAAAAAAAAUAUAUAGUGUAAAACCAAGAAGGUGUAUCCACUCCCACCAUCAAACAUCAACCGCCAGGGUGCUAUUAGAAAUAUGAAUAAAAGUCCUUGAAGAAGAAAGGACGCUGCUGGUCCCGAAACGUUACUGUUCAAUAAAGGAUUUGUUUCACAGAUGAAAAAAGACCAGUGAGUGCUUAUUUUCAAGGACUUAAUAUAUUUUAUGAAGAACUUUGACAACAUUGUUUUUAUUAUGAAAAUAACACUGCAGAGUAUUACUGGGAAGUUGUUGGAAAAAAAGAUCAUAUUAUUUAAAGAUUUUUAUUUUUAUUUGAUUGCCUUUAAAAGGAAAAUAAACUGUAAACCUGUAUUUACAUUU